AUGCUAGCGCACGCAAUGUUGUCGAUGCUGGAACACGGAACUUUUACCACGGCGAACGAUACCACCGCCCUGGACACGGACGACUCGGAAGUGUACGGGAGUGUGGUGUACGAGGAAGAUGUAUACACAUCGGUACCACCGGUACCACGACGUCAGCAGGUACCAGUGAGCGAGUUCGAGCUGUUCGAGGCACUUCUCAACACGUCAGCCGGUGGACCGAUGGGCAGUCUCUGGAACGCGACGACCGUUGCCACCGAAACGCCCUACACACCGUACGAGCUACGGCCAGAAACGUACAUCGUACCGAUCCUGUUCGCCGCCAUCUUUAUCGUCGGGGUGCUCGGCAAUGGGACGCUUAUUAUCGUCUUCCUGAGGCAUCGGGCGAUGCGCAACGUUCCCAACACCUACAUCCUGUCGCUGGCACUGGCCGACCUGUUGCUGAUCGUAACGACCGUACCGUUUACGUCCAUCAUCUAUACGCUCGAUUCGUGGCCCUGGGGCAGCCUGCUCUGCACGUCGUCCGAGUUCAUCAAGGACGUGUCGAUCGGGGUGUCCGUGUUUACGCUCGUGGCACUGUCCGGUGAUCGGUUUUUUGCCAUCGUUGAUCCGCUGCGAAAGUUUCACGCACACGGUGGUGGACGGCGAGCCACACGGAUGACCAUCGCGACGGCGGUCCUGAUCUGGCUUCUGGCCAUCGCGUUUGCCGUGCCAGCAAUCAUUGGAUCACACAUCAAGACUGUCAUCGUCAACAAGGACGUGUCGUUUUACUUCUGCUAUCCGUUCCCGGACGAGUGGGGCCCCGAGUACGCCCGAGGGAUGGUGUUGGGUAAAUUUCUCAUCUACUACGCGGUGCCGCUGUUCAUAAUUGGCAUCUUCUACGCACUGAUAGCGCGUCAUCUCAUCCACAGUGCCAAGCAUGUGCCGGGCGAGAUGCAAGGCACCGUACGACAGAUCAAAGCCCGCCGGAAAGUGGCCGUCACCGUGCUAGCAUUUGUGGUCAUAUUCGGUAUCUGCUUCCUGCCGUCACAUCUAUUUAUGCUUUGGUUCUAUUACAACCCAAACUUCAACGAAGAUUACAACGGAUUCUGGCACGUACUGCGAAUAGUGGGCUUUUGUCUUUCGUUCGCAAACAGCUGUGCCAAUCCAGUGGCUCUGUACUGUGUUAGCGGUGCCUUCCGGAAGCAUUUCAAUCGCUAUCUGCUGUGUGAUGGAAGCUCCAGCAGUCGGCGAAGGCACGGAGACAAUAUGGCACCGAGAGAUACAUCCCUCACCAGCACCAUGUCCCGCCGGUACACCAGCAAGCGGAUGCAAUCGCUACGAAUAAACAUCCAGGAGACGACGAUCGUGAUGAUACCGAACGGCAACUCCAAGUCGGAGGGCGCAGUGCACGAAAAGGAAAUGGUCUGUUUGUCGUAACAGCGAAAGCACCAUCUAGCGGGCGCCGGAAACCGACCGCGGUGUGUUAUCCCAAGGCUAGCGACGACCCACGAGAUGCCGUCGACGGAUGCUGGCUGCGAUGCGGAUGGAGUUGCUGGUGGUGACGCUGACCAAGAUUUGUGGCCUACCAAGGCAGCGCCGACCUGCGACCGGAAGCUGCCGACCGUCGGUUUCCGAUUGCCUCCCGGUCGUUCCGUGGUUCGGCCACGCCAAGCGUGCGAAAUGAGCAAGGUUUGAUUUACGACACCCGGCGCGUGAUAGUUUAUUCCUCGUGUUCAUAAGUAUUCGUGUGUGUGUAUGUAUGUGUGUU